AUGGAAAUCUCAAGUGUUGAUUCAGAGGCGGCGCCGCUACCGGAGAACAAGAACAAGGCCAUUGUAAACACCCUUUACAAAGGAUUAUCAAGUGGCGACACCGCCACAGUGGCUGGCCUCAUAGCCACAGACCUAGAGUGGUGGUUCCACGGCCCUCAAAACUGCCACCACAUGAUGAAAAUGCUCACCGGAAAAUGCUCCACCACCGCAUUCAAAUUCGAGCCUCGAAGCAUCGACGCCAUUGAUGAAUGUGUGAUAGUGGAGGGCUGGGAAGGGGCUCAGGUGUACUGGGUUCAUGUUUGGACCCUAAAAGAUGGCAUAAUCACUCAGUUUAGAGAAUAUUUCAAUACAUGGCUCACUGUUAAGGAUUUGAGGCCUUUUGUGUUUUCAAGCUCCACCACUUUGUGGCAGAGCCACCCUCGAGAUCUUACAAAACGCUCUUUGCCGGGGUUGAUGCUCGCCAUUUGA